GCGUCAGUUUGUCCCCGGCCGCGGGCUGCGAACGACGUGCGCGCGGCUGCUGUGUGUCGUCCUCGGUGAAGUGCAGGGAAUAUUUUGUUGUUUUGGUUCCUUAAAAAAAAAAAGAAAAUUUCAAUUCAGUGCCGUUGCUUCUCACCGCGAAGUAGAGCGAUAUUUCCAGGAGCGCUCGCUCUGAUACUCGCACACACAGUUGCUCGAGAGAGGCCAAAAAAAAAAGCGCCGCAGAGAAUGCGGCUGGCGAACGUUGUCGCGGCUCCGAUGAGAUGAGCCGUGUUCCAUGCCGAGCACUUGAAUUUCGUCGGAAAAUCUAUACGCAAGGAGCAUCGAUGCGGCCGUCGAGUUGGAAUAAGGUUCUAAAACACGGCUCUGGAUGCGUCGCCGGCUAGUGAAGGAGCCGCUCUGUUCCAGCAGGGGAGAGGAUCGGCUUGAUUUUUGCCAGCUACGAUAUAGAACACCGCUGCUGCUGCCUGCACUUUCAACGCUUGCAUAUACUACAAGUGAGCGACUGCAGCGGCGCAAUGAGAAGCGAGGUAGGCGAAUGGCUGGCAACAUGCGUCGGCUCGCCGAUCUGUAUCCUCCUGCUGUCCUGGUCAUUACUGAUCUAUCAGAAUCAGUCGGCGGCAGCGAAGCGUCGUAUCGACGUCUUAACCGUGGCGAUACUCGCCCAGAGCCUGGCCCAUCAACUCGGCCUCCUGCUCUUCGCGAUACUCACGCUCAUCCAUCCGGCAAAUCACUUCGGAGAAUUCUGCUCGACUCUGGUCUGGCUGAUCGACUCGUCGAGUAUCCUCCAGCAGCUCAGCCUGACGUCGAUCGCGAUUUUCGCCGCGUUGACCGUCAGACGCAGUGGAGAGGAGCCGUCCACUAGGAUCAAGAAGCAUCACUUGAAGUAUCAUCUGGCCAGUCUCAGCGUUAUCAGCGGGUGCAUCGGUAUCACUGGCGUCCUCAACUUCGAGCCCGAGACGUGCGUCUUUCUUCCGCGCGACAUAUCGCCCAAGUACGGGCUCUUCUUCAACGGACUCGGCUGCAUCCUGCUCGUCGCGACGCUGAUCAGUCUGCUGGUAGCCAUGUUCCGAGCCGUCUGUCGUCCCUCGCCGAAGGCCGAGCUUCUGAAAAGCGUGUCCGAUCUAUCGGAGGCCAGCUCGAAGAACUCGACGUCCGGCGCGUUCGAGUGUCAGCAGCAGCAGCAGCAGCAGCAGCAGCAUCAGCAGCAGCAACACUGGGAACCCUCGAGCGGCUCCUGCACCAGUGGUUCCACCAACAGUCGCGCCUGUCUCAAGAAGAGCCAUCGUAUACGGGUGGCCGACGAGAACAGCGGAUGGCCCACGGUCUACAGUAUCCUCUUCGUCUGCUACGUCUUCGAUCACCUGCCGAUACUGAUCGUAUCGCUAAAGCCGGGCAUCCUGGGAAACUUGUGCAGGGCUCAGAACCUGGCGUCGUGGUUGCCGCUGCUCAAGGAUACCUUAUUGCCAAUUUUUCUCGCCAUCUUCGACAAAAUGUUCUGCCGCUACGUAGCCAAGGUCUACACGAAGCAGGAUCGCGCGACGAGGCUUAGCCAUGGCAUAUGUGGCGUCGACGGCAAGUUUCGCCACUUCGAGCAGGACAACGAGUACAAGCUCCAGCUGAAUUUGAACCACGGGCUCAAGUUCCCGAUGCAGUCGAACGUGGCGGUUAACGCCGCAGCGGCCAACUGCAGCCUCUACGGUCGUUUGCACAACCAGCAGCAGCAACAGUCCCGAGGUCAAUGCAACGGAAGCACUAUGCAGCUGGGUCUAAUUCCACAUCAGUACGACAACAACACUUAUGCCUCGAUAGCUCAUCAGGAAAGCAACUACGAAGCCGCGAACUUGGAUAACAGUAGCAAGCAGCCUUCGCGGCAGCAUCAAUCUCGCGGAAAUCUUAGCAGAGCAAAUAGCAGCUGCAAGGCCAGCACUGAAAAUCUUAUGCAACUCGAAGAACAGUCGUAUGGGUACGGAGCCCGACGUCUGAGGCACUUUGCCAAGAGCCUGGACGAGAUCCGCGAGGACGAGAUACCUCGUCGCAGCAACACCCGCAGCGUCAUGCAGCAUCAGCACGAGCAAGUCGAGAGAGCCAGAAACCACGCAGCCGCACUGAGGAGGAACCAGAGCUUCGACAUCCACCCCAGGUACCCCAGAAUCGAACUGCCGUUCGUCAGCUCCAAGACCUACGACGUCAAGAGGGAACUGGCCAUCAAGAGGAGCUUGCACAUCUUCGAGCAGACGAGGAGGAAUAACGCCGAGUACGAGGGCAAGUGCCAGGAGGAGGAAGCCGGCUACGAGACUUCCGACGACGAGAGCUGCGACCUCGAAAGCCAGGACUUCGACACGAUGAGCUCGUGCCGCAGCGGCAGGCCGCGGAGCUGUUGCUCCGUCACCACAGUCGCCAACGACGACUUUGAGUACUUUCAGCGCAAAUCUACCAAGGAACAAUGCGCGCCGAAACAAUUGACGAGUCGCGUGGCCGCAGCGCCGGAGAGCAAAGGCAGCAUGCGCUGUUUCACCCCUCGAAUGGUCGUCGAGGCGAACAAGCAAUUACAGGGGAACGGAUCCAAGCCCGUCAUACAGUCGUACCAGUUGAAGAAGAAAAUGAGCCCGGGCUAUUCUCUGAACGACCUCGACAAGUUCAACAACGGAUACUGCCAUCAUCCCAGCAGCGCCGUCGGCGCGCGGAUACCGACCCUCUCGAUCGAGAGCCUCAAGAGCAUCCUCAGGAGCUCGGACAUCAGCUACCUCGACAACGGCGAGAUCUGCAGGCACGACAUCGGCGGCUCCGCGCCCGAUUUCAAGAAGAUUUUCGUCACCGAGUUCAUUUGAGAACUAUUUCGCGUGCGUGUGUUAUUCCAAGUCGGAAUCAGUAUUUCGAAAGGAUAUACAAGAUUUGUGCGUGCGAGUGUGUGUGUGUGUGUGUGUGUGUAUAUAA